GUUCGGAAAAAUAAACAUUUAGCUUCGCCACUUAAACUAUGUAUUUCUUCCACUCCUAAUAACAUAACAUAGUAUUAAAAGUAUUAUUUGACAAAAAUAUAAAUGAAAGCCAGAAAUUCAAAUAAUUCACGCCAUCCGAAUUUGAAUCGAAAAAACAAAAGGAAAAACUUUCCACAUUCCAAAUCAAGUUCAAGAUGAUCUUGAUAUAAUCAAAAAUUCUCUCAUUGCAUUAUUUAAAAAUGACAAUUUCGUAUUUUUGGAAACUCCACCAGAACCAGAAAAAAAAAACGAAUUGAGUAAAACUUUUACUGAUGAAUGAUGAUACAGGUAAUAAGUGAAAUGAAUCGAAAAACACUCUCUAGGUUAUUAAAAGCAAAGACAAUAGCUUUAUGGGAAGUGGUUCAUACAAUUUCAUUUUGUUACUUCGCUUCGCUUCAGUCUCCUCAAAUCUUUCGUUAUGAGUGUUAGCCAUGGGUUGUGAUGAGUUCUGUAACUGUCUUUUGUGUCUCGAGUUAAAAGGUUGUGAACCAAAUUUAAAUAGUGACCUCGCGGGGGAUAAUUUCAUUUUAACAAAACCGACCGAAAAUGAAACGACUAAAUACACAUUUUUCGGAAUGGAAAAAGACGAUUGGUUUAACAACACACCCCAAAAGGGUCAAACUCAAAAAAAACACAAAUCGGUGAUUUACGUAAACGAUGAUUUGAAACCCAUCGAAGACUCUCGAAUCACAAUCAAAGAACAAAUCGACGAAUACAUGACUCUUGACUCGAUCGAAAACAGUCAUAUUAUCAAUGUUAUUUUCAAAAACACUUUUUCGCUCGCGAGCCAAAUCCUCGAAGACGUGCGGACUUGUAACGAGUAUUACGAGGAUUGUGAUGAUUUUCCCCUUGGGAUGGAAGCAGACAUGUUAAAGUACUAUUUAGAGCAGCGGAGAUUGUCGAACAAUUCGAAGGGGGAGUUCAACCACCAAGGGGAGACGCCCCCUGCACACGUCGACGAGGGGAUGGUCUCCCCGAAGCGGAAAGUGGAGCAUUUCCAGCACCUCUACAUCGCGAAUAAUGUGAAAACGGCCACUUUUAACGAGCAAACCGACAAAAACAUCAGCAAAAAUAAUCUAAAUAAUGAGUAUAAGAGUAAUAUGGUCCCGGAACGGGACACGGACUCGAAAGCCCCUGAAAACACGGGGAAUCUGCCCCAGGGGACCUCCAACGCGCGACAACACCACCAUGUGACAAUCCAAGAACUCCGCUUACAACAGCAACAAAGGACGCAGAAUUGCAACAGUUCCUCCGACGAGAACCGUUCCUCCGGCCAUGCCAGCAUGUCCGACAAUGGAAACAGCUCUCCUCGAGGCACUGAUCGUCUCACAGCCGGAGUUAUGCAAAAAUCCCUCAAAAAUCGAGCCUCGGUCCAACACAACCGAGCAAGACAUCGAGCUACACCAGCUAGGUUGCAUGUUCCCUGGACCGGAAGUGGAGGUCUUGAAGACAUCAAGUUGGCCCUGCAACAACUCACAAUGCGCUCGCAUACCUCCUCGAGCACUUAUUCGAGUAUUAGUGCUGGCUCGGAGAGCUCGGAGCCCGCGGUGAGGAGGCUCAUGAGACACUCCUCCCUCGAGACCAUCAACACGAAUAUUACCAGCGCCGACGAGUUUGUAUGGGUCGACUCGCAUAAUCGCCUCGUCGAGCUGCAACACCUCCCUUGGACCAACCACUGCAUUUUGCGAGUGUUACAAACGGGGCGCUUCCGAGACCAUGUCUCCCGAGUCAGCGUCGAGACAAUCCCCCGACUUUCCUACUUACUGCAACGAGCUUUAGUCCGCAUUGGGCGCGAAAUUCAACGCCUGUCGUCAACUCUCGGUAUUUGCACCAAACACGACAUUACUGUCUCCUUCCGAAUUGUGCUUUGCCCCCCUUUGGCCGACUCCUGCAUCAAAGCGUCGCUCCGAGCAGCCGCCAUGCUCGCCAUGUCGGGGGACUGCGCCCUCAAACAGAGCAAAUCUCUCCGAGCGGGGCUCCAAUUCCACAUCGGGCGCUUCCACCGCUGGAUGACCGACAUAAAACUCGCAAGAUUCGUCCAUGAAUACGCAGCGGUGUUUCUCUGCGCCGCCUUGGAGAACCUCCUCGAGGAGAUCCUCCUGCAGUGUCUCCCAAGUGACUCGGAAGUGACCCUCACGGCCACCCUCCUCGAGCACGCAAUUGCCAACAACGGUGAUUUGUGGGGGCUGCUCCAGCCCUACGCCCAUCUCAACGCUGGGAGGAUCGCAUCGGGGGCUCUGGCACUCCCCCGCUGGGCCUCAAUGUCCAGUAUCGGCUCCGGGCGCGACUCCCGAACCCCGGAACCCUCCCUCAUGACCACUUGUGUGGGGUCCUUGAAAGAGUUGCAAGAUUUGAUCAGUCGCAUGCAGCCCCGCGUGCCAUUGUGCCCCAAAGCCAUGCGAACACUGUUCUAUUUCAUGAGGUGUUCGCAACUUGAACAUGUCGAACAGGGGGCUAGCGCGGUCCAAGAGCUGUGCUACGAGAGGGCUUAUGUUGUCCUUCCGCCACUAGUGGAGUGGUUGAGGGUUGCGACAGCCCACAGUGAACACAGAUUCGCCCCCUUGAUCGAUAAAGACGACAUUAUGCAAGCAGCGAGACUUUUGCUACCCGGAGUCGACUGCCCUGUUAGAAAUCUGGGGGAGGAGAUGCUAAGAAUCCGGAAAAACACCGGAAACGAAGACGACCACAUUGAAGCCUCGAGGCAAAUCCAAGUCGAAUUAGCGUUCCGGUUGUUACUAACCGGACGCCCGGAAUUGAUCCAGCAUGCUGUUUCACUACUUCCGGUCUCCACAAGACUUGACACUUUGAAUUUACAAGGACACACAGCAUUGAUGUUGGCAGCGAUCAAUGAUGAUGAUAUUGCCUUGACUGCUUUAUUGGACGCGGGGGCUUCGGUUGAUGUGGAAACCCCCAUUUCUAACCCCAAUUUCAGCGCUGUUAACGGCGAAACGCAACAUUGGACCGCUUUGACUUAUGCUGCGGCCAAGGGGCAUGCCCGCUGUUGCAGGAUUUUGCUAGAAAGGGGGGCCAAUGUCGAAGGCGGGGCCCGAUUAAGUGAAGACAAAUGCACCCUAACCCCACUCCAAGUGGCUUGCGGGACGGGCAAUUCCGAGGUGGUGUCCCUCCUGUUGGCCCACGGGGCGCACCCGUUUUUCUCCACCCAAAUCAAGGACUCCCUCUGCUACUCAGCGUCGGCUCAAAGGGGCUGCUACAGCGCAAUUUCGGUAGCUGCAGCCCAUGGCCAAAGAGCCAUCUUGCAAAAACUCCUCGCACAACCCUUAAUCCCGGUAAAUAAAGAAGUCUUGUCUUUGGAGGAGAUUUUAGCCGAGGGAACGACCCCAACUUGCUCCUCUUCGUCGAACUCAACGCCCCAUUUCACUAAAACUCAAGUGAAAUCGUUGCAAGAAGCCAUGUACCACAGUGCGGAGAACAACCACUUGGACAUAACGGUCGAAAUAAGGGCUUUGGGGGUCCCUUGGACGCUCCACUGCUGGAUGCAUUCCCUGGGGGCCGCGCACGAAGCCCGUCUCGACUGCGUCAUCGACCAACUCCUCCAAGACUUCUUACAAGUGUGCCCCGACGACUACAGCUUACAGUUCGUCCAAGAGUGUCUCCCCCUCUUGUUCAACAUCUUCAGAUAUAGCAAAAAGGAAGGGACCACUUUGUUGCUAGCUGACAUUUUCUCGACUUGCUUCGGCUGGGAGCCCAUCAAACCGAUCAAAAACUGCGUGUCUUCGGCCACCUCGGGCUCCAGGAUUGACCCCAAAUAUGUGAAUAACCCCGAAUUGAGCGAUGUCACGUUCAGAGUCGAGGGGCGCCUCUUCUACGCCCAUAAAAUAGUCCUAGUGACUGCAAGUUCAAGACUGAGGUCCAUGCUGAGUUCCAAGUUGUGCGAAGGGGGGCUACCCACCGUGCAAAUCAACGAUAUUAGAUACGACAUUUUUCAGAUUGUGAUGCAGUUUUUGUACCAAGGGGGCUGCCAGACACUAGAGCCGGCCCAAGACGAUAUUCUGGAACUCAUGGCAGCGGCGAAUUUCUUCCAAUUGGACGGUUUAUUGAGGUAUUGCGAGAGUCGCUGUGCCUCCAUGUUGGCGCUAGAUAAUGUUGUUUCAAUGUACAUUCAUGCUAAAGUUUACAACGCUGUUCAACUCCUGGAGUAUUGUCAAGGGUUCUUGUUGCAAAAUAUGGUGGCUUUGCUCACGUACGAUGACUCAGUCAAGAGACUCCUCUUCGCGAAGAAACUACCAAACCAUGAUGUCCUCGCAGGGCUGUUAAAUACGCUCCAAAACAGGAUCAAGACCCGAAAAACGCAAAACAACUUCAAACUGAAUCAAAACUUGUGUAAAUAAAUUAUUGUUAUCCCGAUUUUAGUUAAGAUUAUUUAUAUAAUAUUUAUUAGUGUUGUCUUGUUGUCAUAGGAUUUAUGUAUGUCCUAAAAUAAAUCACGCAUUUUACCUU